AUGUCAGGUCUGAAGGCAACAACAUCGGUCCCUCUGACCUGUUACCCUGAGGCCACGGUCUGCUCAGGUGAAAACUGCCUCGUCCCUCCAAGUAACUUCAACGCCAUCCUGAGCCUGGUCCUGAGCACGGUGCUCACCGUGAUGCUGGCCAUGGUCAUGUUCGCCAUGGGCUGCACCGUGGACUACAAGAAGCUGUGGGGCCACAUCAGGAGACCCUGGGGCAUCGUCAUCGGCUUCCUCUGCCAGUUUGGCAUCAUGCCCUUCACAGCCUUUGCCCUGUCUUUAGCCUUCAACGUUCUGCCUGUGCAGGCCGUCGUCAUCAUCAUCAUGGGCUGCUGUCCCGGGGGUUCCAGCUCCAACAUUAUCUGCUACUGGCUGGACGGAGACAUGGACCUCAGCAUCAGUAUGACUGCCUGCUCCUCCAUCCUGGCUUUGGGGAUGAUGCCUCUCUGCCUGUUCAUUUACACCAGCGUUUGGACCUCCAGCGACGCCAUCAAGAUCCCAUUUGACAGCAUCGGAAUCACACUGGCAGCCCUUCUGAUCCCCAUCGCUUUGGGGAUUUAUGUGAAAAACAGGUGGCCCUCGCAGGCUAAAAAGAUCCUUAAGGUGGGUUCCAUCGCUGGCUUCAUCCUCAUCAUCAUCAUCGCCGUGGUUGGAGGAGUCCUCUACCAGUCCUCCUGGACCAUCUCUCCCUCCCUGUGGAUCAUUGGGGCCAUUUACCCCUUCGUUGGGUUUGGACUGGGAUUCCUCCUGGCCCGCUUCGUGGGUCAACCCUGGCACAGGUGUCGAACCAUCGCGCUGGAGACGGGUUUCCAGAACUCCCAGUUGUGCAGCACCAUUGUGCAGCUGUCCUUCAGCCCAGAGGAGCUGGAGGUCAUGUUUGCCUUCCCGCUCAUCUACAGCAUCUUCCAGCUGGCGGCUGCCCUCGCCUUUGUGGGAGCCUUCCAGUGGUACAAAAGGACGUGUGGAAAAGGCUCGGCUGGUGCAGACAGCGAGGCCCCGGCCUUGGACUCCGAAGAUACAAAACAGAAAGUCCACGCUUUGGAAAACGGAGGUUUUGAGUUCGAUGGGAACAGCUACAACGAUUUAAAAGGAACAUACAAGAAGACGGAGCUGUGAGGUUCCAGAACCAAUAAAUCAGACUUUAGACUGGGAGCAUC